GUACCAACUCCAACAACUUCAACAAGAAAAAUACACUUUCUGGACGUGAAUUUUCCUCGUUUCUAACAGAAAGGCGCAUUGAUGUGCAUAAGAGCUUUAGUAAGCUUAAGACCAUGGGGAGCAGCCCCAGUAAACGAGGAGGUGGUUGCUUGGGUCGCCAUCAGGGCUCGAGAGGAAGGGGCGAGGUUAAGUUACCAGGGUCUCGGCUUCGAUUCUCCAGGGAACAACUGCAGAGGUUGAAUCUCCAACUAACACGCUUGGAACAACAUAACAGUCACGGGAGUGGUGGCGACUUUAGCAGAGAGCGGAUCAGCGCUGCUGUGGAGGUUGUGGUGGAGCGCCUAGUACAGCGUCUGGUGUGCGGUGCUGCGACGCUGGACUCCAGGUUCUCAAGCAAGUUCCUCGCCACCCUGGAUGGCAUACGAGACCGCAGUAAGCCUGGUCAGAGUCCUCGGUUCGAGUACCUUGUUCGCCUGGAUGUUCUGUCUUCACCGCCUGUGUAUCAGGAUUGUGGGACCCAGCCAACAUGCCGUGUGGUCGAGGGUCAAGGGUCCCCUCAGGGAUUCGCAAAGAUACGACUUCAAGGGGAAGGCGCAGAACAGUGGGCAGAAUUCAUCAACGCAUCGGGGUUUCUGCGCAGAGACAAGAUCCAGGAACGAUACGUGGAGUUGUUGGCCCAAGCGGCGGCAAGAGCCGCGCCACCCGUGAGGCCCGACCUCGUGGACGAGUCGCGUCUUUGCGGCAGUCCAGGCAAGAUCGUGGACGCCGGUAUCCUAGACCAACUGCUGAGACUUUCUCCUGAACAGCAGGUGUUCUACGGCCCGGCGGACUGCAAUCAGAGUCGUUUCCCAGAUCCACGCGACUUCCGGAUCGCCAUCGUGGAGGGUGCCCCCGAGGUGCGCUUAAGGAUCGGUUUCUUGUCGCCUACUCUGGCUGGAUCGCGAGCCGAGGACGUGGAGGUGAAGCUGGUGAUCGCCGUGGGUUGUACGGGAUGGCCACAGACAAGCGACUUCCCUGCCCGUACAUCUUUGGGCCAUAUCGACUGCCUGCUGUUUCAGAAGGCAGCCCAGACAGGUUUCUACCUUGUUCCGGGCCCUCCUCACCAGACAGUGCGCUGCGAUGACCGCACUGCCACCUGGCAGAUCUGGGUACCCGCGGCAGAACUCACUCUGCUGACCCACUACUCAGCUUCCAGUCUGCCUUCCAGGAUUCUUGCGUUCCUGGAGACGAUUCUCCAGCAACUACGGGGUCGCACCAGUCGCCAAGCUCUGGGCGGCUUUGGUCUUCCCGCUACCAGGAAUCGGGAGUUCCUGAAGGUGGUGAGUCGGUACAUGUUGCGGACACUGCUUUGGUUUCAACUGGAGCGCACCGGCUGUGAUUCGGCCGCCGUACUCCAAUCGUGGACAUCCGAUACUCUGGCUCUCCACGUCCUACGUCUUCUGGAUGAACUGAUCAUCGCCCUGAAGACCCAAAGGUUCCGCUCCUACUUCUUCCCGUGGUGUAAUGUGAUGCUCCAUUCCACCUCAGGCGGUCAACAUCAUCCCGAGGAAGACUAUCUCAGUGAUGUCGAGAUUUUGGAAGAUUUCCUCACGUGCCUACAUGAGGAAUCAGCCGUGGCCGUAGUGCCACCUGAAGAUGAUGACGUAAAGCGCUAUCUAAUAUCGGAACUAUUAGAAACUUCGCUCAUACGAAAAUGGGCGAAUGUGCUCGCCGACUUGGCGCCGCCCGCAACAACCAGGUCCAGAAGAUUGAGUUUCGGAACGUACACGACAGCAGGGUCCGCUCAGUUCACUCCCCGGCAGUUAGAUUACAUCACACAGCUGUUUCGAGAGAUGCUCCGUGUCCGACAUCUAACACUACAGAAUCAAAAUUCUCUGUCAUGGUUCCAAGGACCUCUGCAGACGUCGUCUACUACCAUCCAGCAGGAAGAUCCUGUGGAAGACCUCAUAUACCUCUUGUCGGCAAUCCUAGAGCAAGCUAAAGAAUUGACCUUGGGGAAUAUGAGCAACUCGCCGAUGGGAACUUACGUUGGUCCUACCGGAAGGAAUAGAAGACGCGCGUCCUCCAAAAAUAACUCUUGCGGCAACUUGAGAAAUAACAUCAGUAGUGGUAGUAGACUGAAGAACAACUUCGAUGCAUCAGUCAUCCUAUUAGUCGAUUCUGUCCGUCGGGAUAUAGACACUUCAAAUGCAAAUCUUUCAGAUGAUUCAGUGUUGGUCCACCAUGUUUUGAAGUGGUUAUACAGAGGAUUGGAUGAAGACAAAAGACAUCUAGCACCAGUUCUGAGACCGUAUCUAAACCGCUUGUUUGCUGCGUCACAUGAAAACGGUUGGCAUCUUGAAGAAUGGCGAAGACGGCUAGAUGAUCAAAGAGACGAGAUGCGAGUGCUGGGGACUUUCUGUCGCAUGGUGACAGCCUCAGAAGCGAGUCCCUCAGAAGCCUUGCUUGAUGCUGUCGCUAAAGGCUGGAUAUGGGCUGAGAACAUGCUGGACACUGCAGAGUACCUCGUCUGCUCAGAUGUUACUGGACAACCAGAAGUUAGCCUGCAGCUUGUGUUCACACCAACAGACGAGAAAGUUAUCAGGCAUAAUAUUACAUUGCCUUCAGCACCUACUGAACAUCUUCAGCUACCUGAAAGCAGAUAUUCGACAUUUAGUAGCACAAAAUCGACAUACAAUCGUAGAUGUGCUGCUGGAACUUUAAAAAUUAAGAAAACUACUUUGUUGAGGGGCCCGUCCGUUACGUUGCCAGCAUUGUUGGUUCAGCAACGAAACAACUGGAUUGCACAAGGACUGGGGAACGUUGGGUCGGUUAUUAGUAAUCCUCGGGCUCCCCACUGCCGGCUACGAGACGCCAGUCCCAUGACCCUGCUGUUGGACGCCCGGCGUCGCUACGGCCAUCAGAGAGGAGUUGGAGACAUCGUUCAAGCAUUAGUCUCGCUGCAGAAAUUCUCUGUAUUACAAGAAGUUUCUGCUCUUCUGCCAGACGAUGAACGAGUUCAAAUGCUGGAUGCUAUUCAGAAGUUAUCGAAGGAAACGAGACGCAAUGUCGCUUCGAGAAGGGCUCGAACAUCCAGUUUGCAUUCCAACAACGACGCCACUGCUACUAACCGCCCUCUGAAGAACAUCAAGAAAAAGUCACAAAACUCUGACUCCAAACUUCCACAAAUUUUUCGUCCCAAAGAAGACUUCCAGCCUUGUACUUUAGAAGUAAAAAAGCAAGCCGAAAUAGAACUCAGUGUUCGUGCCUUAAAACAACAAGAAAAUAUAGCACAAAGGGAAAAAGAACUUACCAGAGAAAUCGAUAAAUUUAAGGCUGAAAAUACGCUUUUGGGUGCAUGUCGUGCUGUUAGAUGGCAGCAUGCUGCCACGAGACACAGCUUCCUAGGUGGAGCAUCUGCAUAUAAUGGGUCGUUGUUUUCGGACUCUACUCCUUCCUUGCCCUCGAUAAGAGAAACGUCGUUGACUGGACGUUCCAGUCUUUUCGAUUUAUCUUCUUAUGAAGGGAAACGUAAUAAUUCUAACGUGGCGCUGCUCCAGCUGACAGAAGACAAGCAGCUAAGGCUCACAAAUCCUUCAAAUGCAUCGAUACAUCCAGUCGUUUAUGCAGAUAAGCCAAUAGGUAAGAAGAGAGAUAUUGUAACAAAGCUGUAAAUCCAUAAAACAUUUCGUAUCACUUCCACUGAUUAGGAACCGUAUACUCGGGGCGUAGGUAACGUAUUCGGGCAAAUAAUAGUGAUAAGCUGAUAAUUGCUUAGGCAAUUAAAAAAAAAUUCCGCCUAUUUAUGGAACCCUGAAAGUUCAUUUCCUUUUUAAAAAUAUCAAUCCACAGCAACCUGUGAACCACACGAACCCAGCGUAUAUCCUGUUCCACUAAAAUCAGUUUUUUUAUGUUAUCAUCCCAUCUACGACGAAAUCUAUUCAUUUCAAGUAUUUGUAUUAAAAUUUUGUGGGCAUUUCCCUCAAAGCUCUUUAAUAAAUUAAAUAUUAAAAUUUAUUUUGUAAUUGUAGCGUUCUAGUGGCAGGAUCUCGUGAAUAUGGCAGUGAACAUUUGGGUUGUAUAAAAAGCCGGUAAAUAUCUUGACCAUCUGACCUACCAUAAGCUUUGAAGAAUGGCUGUUCAUGGUAUUAGUGAAAAUUAUUUCAGAUUUUGACGCGCACUGUUAUGUAACAUUGUGAUCAUGAGGUGACAUUCUAUCCUGGAUUUUAAAGCCAUUUUAUUGUUACGUGUUACGUGUGUACAUACGUACGCACGUAUGUGCGUUUGUGUGUGUAUACAUGUACACAAUUUAAAUCAAUUAUUAUCUUAAAAUACAUGCUUAAAAUUACAAUAUAUCAUACAAACAAGUAGGACCUUAACUGACGGAUAAAUUAAUUGAAUUUAAGGUGUUUUGACCAAAACAGAAAUGUUUUCCGUUUGUACAAUUGAAGAGUGCUUCCUUCUCUUGAAGAAUGCGCGCGAUUCAACUCCAUGUGUUUUAAAGAACGGACUUAAUUUUAUCGUUAAUUGCAUCUUUGAGUGAGAAUAACAGAUGUUCCGAAUGAUGUUCUCUGAACUUCUUGAUUCUUCAUGCAACAACUGCAAUUGUCCAUCAGUUUGAGAAAGAAUCGAUCGUAAAUGCAGCAUAUAUCGAAAUUCGGUACCUUGGACAGAAAGUUAGAUGCUGUCUUAAAACUUCUGCCAAAAGUUUUACUGCUCCGUACCAAAGAAGAAAAACUUUUAAGUCCCUACACUUAUCAGUUCGAGACACCUGCAUUUCACAAGGCACAAGGCCUGUACAAGUGACUAGAAUGUGAGAAAAAUUUAUCCCAAAUUCUACUGUAACCCUUGCAGCGUUCAUAAAGUUCUCUACAGCUCGUCAAGUGCAUAUAAUAAAAGUAAGCUUUAAAGAUAACGCUGCUUCUAAACAUCGCUUAUGAUAAUGCUCAGAUGACGCGGAGGUAACGACCCACUCACACGUCAUAUCGGCACCGGAUGACGGACAAAACGUGGUCAGUCCCACCUCGCUAACUCUUUUUAUCUCCGGAUUCACACCCAUCAGAUGCUAUGCUUGGUUGGCCUUAGAGCUGUUAGCAAUGUGAAAGUUCAAAUAACAUUGCUUCAACGAGGCUGCCGGGAAUAUACCGUUAUCCCUUCCAUGAACCGUAACGUCUGUACGUACAGGGUCUACCAUUUGAAAUGUAACUCUGACGUAAUGCGCCCCAAAAUCAGAUCUAGGUCCAUCCCCGUGUAAAUGACUUCCUCAAACACUAGAGCCAAGGUCAUCGUAGUUCCUAGGCCGCUGAUCACUCUAGUGUGACUGAUAGGUUUAGGCAAGUUUUCCUUAGAAUUAAGUAAAAUAUAAAACCUUUGACGAGUAAAUCAGGGUACAGACCCACUCACUAAGUACAGUCAACAAAAGUUAUUGCUUUUAUGUUUGUCGGUUGUCGGCACAGAUGUUAUCCUGUAUUUAGUCGUAUUAAACGGGACGCAGUUCCGCGUUCCUUUCUUUCGGCUAUCUGCAUUAAAUUAUAAUCGGUUUAAGCAGUGAUUCUCAAACUGAAGGCCACGGCACCUCAGCGAUCUGUUAAGCUUCAGUCAGGGAGCAGAGAUAUAUUAAAGUAUUUAAAAAUUACUUUAUUGAUCCACUCAAAAAAUUAAACAAACUUGGAACGAAUAAGAUAAAACAAUAGUAUAGUUGAAACAGGACAGAAGUUCCCCAUCCGAUUUGUUGCGAAAGAAAUUCUUUAAUUUUCUUGCAAUAUCGAAGCCGCUUUUCUUUUGCGAGGAAAAUAAUCUCGUCUGUUUUAUAUAUAUUCAGUAAAAAAAUGCAAAUAUUGCAUUUACCCAGUAACUAUAGAACAGCGAAUUUUAUGAUUUGAAAGCAAAUACUGCAUUGUGAUAGUGAAGUGUAUCGAAAGAGAUUUUAAGUUGAAUUUUGCUAUGUUGGGGAAAACAAAAUAUGGCGACACUGCAAUGAACCGUGACAUGCUCCCAUACAUACUAAAUAACCCAUCAGUCUUUCCCUUUUUGGAUUUAUCACUCUGACAAUAUUUUGUGAAUAUUAAAAUAGUGAAGAUCUUCACUGUUCAGUUUCCUC